CGCACCUCUGACUCCCUGACCCGGAGAAGGUAAAGCCAGCGUCGAACCGGCUCCUCGCUCCCGGUUCCCUGCUUCCUGUUCCGUCGGAGGCACCAAGCUCAGCCCUGUAAAGACCCUGCUCUUCCCCGGCAGCAGAUGGAGGCCGAGGAGGGCCCGACUUCUGGCUGCCUCAUGGCCGCCUUUCAGGAGCCGGUGACCUUCCGGGACGUGGCCGUGGACUUCACCUGGGAGGAGUGGAGGGUCCUGGAGCCGGCGCAGAGGGCCCUGCACAGGGACGUGAUGCUGGAGACCUUCCAGAACCUGGUCUCUGUGGGGAUUCCUGUUUCCAGACUAGAUGUGAUCUCCCUGUUGGAGAAGCCAGAAGGAACCCGGAGUCCCGAGAACAGAGACUCCAAUGGGUCUCGUCAAGAUUCCCUUAGCAAUGAGAUCAAAUUUGAAACAAGGAGCUCAAGUCUGAUGCAGAACAUUUCUGUAGAAGCAUCGUCCAAGAAGAUACUACUGAGGGACACAGCCUGGAACUGCAAGAUGAAGAAAUCUGAGGAACAUGAUGUAGUUUUAGAAAAGCCAAAGGAUAUCCUUGAGAGAAGAUUCAGACAAAUAGCAGUCACUCCUAGAACAGCUUUUAAUAAAGGAAGUGGAUCUCAGAGUAAUAUAUUUGGGAGAAGAUUUAGCUUUGGACCUGUCCUUGUUUCACUGUGGAGAGGAAUAAUGGGGAGUAGUCUCUAUAAAUAUAAGACACUUGGAAAGCAUGUCAAAGACUUUCCUGCCCUAAGUACUUGUAAUACAUUUUCCUUAGGGAAGAACUUUUUAAAGUAUAUCAAAUGCAAGAAGCCCUUUAGGUACCACUCAGACCUAAUUAAAUUUCAUAGAAUACAUGCUGGAGAAAAGCAGCGUAAACAAAGAAAAUGUGCCAAAGUCGUUGGCACAAGGGCAAAUCUUAUUGAUUGUCAGAACAGAGGCAAACAUGAAUAUAAGCAACAUGAGAAAGCCUUCCGCUACAAAGGAUGCUUGAUUAAACCUAAAAGUAUCCAUAUUAGAGAGGAAUCUUUUGAAUGUAAUGAAUUGGGAAAAGUCUUCAGGGAGAAGGAACAUAUUGCUCAUUUGGGAAUUCAGACCGGAGUGAAACCCUUUGAAUGUAACAAAUGUGGGAAAGUCUUCAGUGAGAGGGGAAGCUUUAAUAAACAUCAGAGAAUUCAUACUGGAGAGAAGCCAUUUGAAUGUAAUGAAUGUGGGAAGACUUUCAGUGAGAGGGGAAACUUCAAUGUGCACCAGAGAAUUCAUACUGGGGAGAAACCUUUUGAAUGUAAUGAAUGUGGAAAAGCUUUUAGACGAAAGGGAAACCUUAUUCUCCAUCGGAGGAUUCAUACUGGGGAGAAACCUUUUAAAUGUAAUGAAUGUGGGAAAGCUUUCAGCCGGAAGGGAAGUGUUAUUCUCCAUCAGAGGAUUCAUACAGGAGAGAAACCCUUUCCAUGUAAUGAAUGUGGGAAAGCUUUCAGUAGGCAGGAAGGCCUCCAUAGACAUCAAAGAAUUCAUACCGGAGAGAAACCCUUUCUGUGUAAUGAAUGUGGGAAAACCUUUCGAGGUAGAGGACAUUUUGUUGAGCAUCAGAGAACUCAUACUGGAGAGAAACCUUUUCUCUGCAAUGAAUGUGGAGAGGCUUUCAGUACAAAAGGAAGCCUCAAUAGACAUCAAAGUACUCAUACUGGAAAGAAACCCUUUGCCUGUAAUGAAUGUGGUAAAACUUUUAGUACAAGGGGAAGCCUCAGUAGCCAUCAAAGCGUUCAUACCAGACAGAAACCUUUUUCAUGUGAUGAAUGUCGGGAAGCUUUUAGUACAAGGGGAAAUCUCAAUAGACACCAAAGAAUUCAUACUGAAGAGAAAACCUUUCCAUGUAAUGAAUGUGGGGAAGCUUUCACUGAGCUGGGAAGCCUCAAUAGUCAUCAAAGAAUUCAUACUGGGGAGAAAUUCUUUUCAUGCAAUGAAUGUGGGAAAGCUUUUAGCCAAAAGGGAAGCCUUAUUCCCCAUCAGAGGAUUCAUACUGGGGAGAAACCCUUUCAGUGUGAUGAAUGUGGGAAAGCUUUUAGUUGGAAGGGAAGUGUUAUUCUCCAUCAAAGGAUUCAUACUGGUGAGAAACCAUUUCAUUGUAAUGAAUGUGGGAAAGCUUUUAGCCGUAAGGGAAGUGUUAUUCUCCAUCAGAGGAUUCACACUGGGGAGAAGCCAUUUCAUUGUGAUGAAUGUGGGAAAGCUUUUAGCCAAAAGGGAAGCCUUAUUCUCCAUCAGAGGAUUCAUAGUGGAGAGAAACCCUUUCCAUGUAAUGAAUGUGGGAAAGCUUUCAGUACAAGGAAAAAAUAUAAUAGACACCAAAGAAUUCAUACUGGUGAGAAAAUGUUUUCAUGUAAUAAAUGUGAGGAAGCUUUCACUGAGCUGGGAAGCCUCAAUAGACAUCAAAGAAUUCAUACUGGAAAGAAAUCCUUUUCAUGCACUGAUUGUGGGAAAGCCUUUAUUUACAGGGCAAACUUCAUAGCACAUCAGAGAAGUCAUACUGAAGAGAAACCAUUUACAUGUAGUGAAUGUGGGAAAGCCUUCAUUUGGAGAGGACAAUUUAUUGCACAUCAGAGAAGUCAUAUUGUAGAAAAGCCCUUUGUAUGUAAUGAAUGUGGAAAAGCCUUCAGUUACAGGGCAAACUUUAUUGCCCAUCAGAUACUUCAUACUGGAGAAAAACGUUUUCCAUGUAAGAAAUGUGGGAAAGCCUUUAGCGUGAGAGAGAACCUUAUUGCACAUCAGAGAACUCACAUUGGAGAAAAACCCUUUACAUGUAAUGAAUGUGGGAAAGCCUUCAGUGUAAGGGGAUACUUUAUUGAACAUCAGAUGACUCAUACUGGAGAAAAACCCUUUCCUUGUAACGAAUGUGGGAAAGCUUUCAGUAAACGGGGAAACCUCAAAAGACAUCAAAGAGUUCAUACUGGAGAGAAACCCUUUUCAUGUAAUGAAUGUGGGAAAGCCUUUAGUCAAAAGGUCAAACUUAUGACCCAUCAGAGUAUUCACACUGGAGAGAAACCCUUUUCAUGUAAUGAAUGUGGGAAAGCAUUUAACAGGAAGGACUCUCUCAUCAGUCAUCAGAGAAUUCACUGGAGAGAAACCAUUUAAAUGUAAUGAAGGAAAGCAUUUAGGAAGAGGACAAAUCUUACCCAUCAGAAAACACAGUGGAUUAAUCCUUUGCUAAUAAUAAAUGUGGGAAAGUUUUCAGCAAGAUGGGAACAUUUAAUAUGCAUCAGAGAAUACAUACUGGAGGGAGACACUUUUCAUAUAAUUGUGGGAAAGCCUUCAAUUGGAGAGCAAUCCUUAUUUAUCAGAGGACUCAUACUGGAGAGAAACUUGUAUCAUGCAUGAAUGUGGGAAAAGUCUUCAACAGUUACAUUUUAAAACCAUCAGAGAAGAAUUUAUACUUUAGAAGGGACUUUUGUAGUAAAUCUAGGUACUGUUUCAGAUGUGAGGCAAGUCUUGGUACACAUAGAAAACUCAGACAGGAGAGAAAUCCUUUGAUUAUAAUGAAUGGAAAAGAGUUCAUCAAAACCUCAUGUUGGAGAGAAUGGGAUACAGUGAAUUAAUCAAACAUUAAGUUUACAUCAAUAUCAGACAAUGUGCUGAACACUGGGGAUUCAAAGGUAAAAGAGAAAUAGUCCUUUCCCAAAGAGUUUACGUUCUAACAAGGGAGACAAACUGUAGGUGUAUAUAGGUAGCAUCUGCUAAAUUAAUACAAGUUAGUUUAGGGAGGGUCCUCUUGACUGAGUGAUCCAAGAAUCCAUGUGUAAGAUUGUACUUGAGCUUAAGCUUGAAGGAAACAGGAAUUCUUAGGAUGGAGGGAAUGAAUUUCAUAUAUGGAGAAGAGGUAUCUUGAAGAAAUAGAAUAGCCCAAUGAGGCAGCAUUGCAGUGUUUGAGAAGGCAAGUGAUAUA